AUGGCUCUUCAUAGCAGUGCGCAGCAGAUGCAGGCAACACUAUCAGAUGUUGUCAAUGCAUUGCAGAGUGCCUCCAGCGCCGGUUCUGUCACAUCCUCCUCCCUAAAGUUACCGCUGUGUACCGAGGAGGCAUAUGAAAACUUCCUUCGUCGGCUCAGCGUAGACGACGGUUUUGCAAACGAGGCGGUAUGUGCACAUCUACUUGACUGUUUUCAGAUCCGGCAACUGGCCAUGGAAGGUGGUCGAAAUGAGGCAGACUUCCUCAGAAACCUACUGACAGUUCUAUUGGGCCCGCCCUUAUGCCACAACUUCUGUUGGGCGGGCGGAUCCAAGCAGAAGAAGUCCUACAUGGCCUGUCCACUUUUUCCUGUCCUUAAAGGUAAGUCCAAUUUUUGUUUAUUUUCACGCGCAGAUGCCAUUGCUCAACAUCCCAGUUUUGGCAACUGCACUAUAGAGGUAUUUUGA